AGAUUAUCGAAGUGCAGUUGUUUCUUCACUCGCACUCACUUCACCAGAUCUUUAUCUCUCUUUUCUCUUAUUACCAACGCUCUUCUCGCACUUUCCUUCGCCUUCUCCUUCACCAACAUCUCUAUUCUUUCCUUUUUCUUCUCCCUGUUUCUGAGAAAGCCCCCUCUACCAUGUCCAUUGGACCACAAUCCUCGCUUUAACUUUGCUUAUAACAUUGAUAACGAAAAGGUUUUUAGAACAGCUGGUGGUCACAAUGUAUGCAAGGAGGAUAAAGGGUAGGAGCCAGAUAUGGAGUCUGGUGUUUCAACAGUGGAAACAUUUAAUUAGGCCACAUUCUCAGGAUAAUGCUUGUUAUCGAUCUUUGAAGUACCCGUAUGCUGUGCGGACUGGUUGUUCAGAUGUUAGUUUGAUUAAAAAAAGUGUUUUAGAUUCAUCUUAUACUCGAGGUAUUGCUCCUGCAUUUGUGUAUGGAAGGUCUGCUCCAUGUUUAAGUAGCCAUCAGUUGCGUUUGUAUAGUUCUAAAGGUGAUGGAAAGAAUGCCAGCGAGGAUAACUAUAGGCCUGUGAAUGAUGGGACUAACUUUGAUAAGGGAAAGGCUCGGCAGGAAAAGUUUGGGAAGGAUGUGAAGCCUUGUGAUAUACAUGCUCAGCUUGGGGAGCAAGAUCAAAAGGAAUGGCUCAAUAAUGAAAAACUUUUUAUAGAGAGCAAGAAGAAGGAAUCGCCAUUUUUGACCAGGCGUGAGAAGUUUAAAAACGAGUUCUCGCGCAGAGUUCUGCCUUGGGAGAAAAUUCAUGUUUCUUGGGAAACAUUUCCUUAUCACAUUCAUGAGAAUACCAAAAAUAUUUUGGUUGAAUGUGUUGCUUCACAUUUGAAACAUAGGGAGCUCACUGCUUCGUAUGGUGCUCGAUUGCCAUCUUCGAGUGGGAGAAUAUUGCUUCAAAGUGUCCCAGGCACUGAACUUUAUCGAGAGAGAGUGGUUAGGGCACUGGCACGGGAGUUACAAGUGCCACUUUUGGUUCUUGAUAGCAGCGUACUUGCUCCAUAUGAUUUUGGUGAUGAUUGCUCAUCUGAGUCUGAAUCAGAUGAAGAUAAUUUGGAAUCUGCGGUAGAUGGCACUUCAGAGUCAGAAAUUGAGGAUGAGAAUGAUGCCAGUAAUGAGGAAGACUGUACAAGCAGCAACGAGACAAACUGCAGUGAUGUGGAUGAAGUGCAGGCAACUGCCGAAGCAGCCCUCAAGAAACUUGUUCCCUACAACCUGGAAGAGUUUGAGAAGAGAGUCUCUGGAGAAUCUGAGAGUUCCUCAGAAUCCUCAAAAUCUGAGGCUGAUGAAUCUGCUGAUAAAUCCAAGCAUUUGCUAAAGAAAGGGGACCGUGUGAAAUAUAUUGGAUGUAAUGUUCAGAGUGAAGCUAGAAAAAGGAUUGUAUUGGGGAAGAUACCAACAUAUGAUGGUCUAACUAAUGUUUAUACGAGUAUUCGAGGCAGGACCUAUGUAGUGGUCAACGUGGGGAGGUAUAUGAGGUGAACGGAGACAGAGUUGCAGUAAUUUUGGAUGUUAGUGCUGAUAACAGAGGGAAAGAAGAGAGGGACGAGAAACCCACCAAGC